CUGUCGGUUGCAGGAAUUAUUUUCCCAAGGAGGAUAGAAGAGAACACAAGCGAGGCAUAAAACACAUUCUAGCGCUGUCCUGCUUCUGAAUUUCAAACGGAUAGCGGCUUUGGAAAGCAACUGCGAAGAGGAGAGGAGAGUGCAAAAUAAGGAAGGAAGGAAGAAAGCUGAGUGUGUUUACCACACCUGUGAUGCAGGGUUGUUUCUAAAGCAACCAAGACGCGCAGCGUGGCGGGGAUACCAAUGUAAUGGCCAAGGUGGUAGACCACGAUGCUUGCUGCUGCUGAGCCGUCAGGACUUUAAGGCAUCGGUGUUAAUUAUCCUCGUAAAGAGCCGUCUGGAGGAGAACCCAACCGGCCACACAAACCAGUGCACUGAAACCACUGCUCAUUUUACCCUGCUCCUCGCCUUUUGAAAGUUAAACCGGAGACAGUAGAAGUGCGAACAGCUUACAGCGGAGAUGCUGCUGUUACACCUGACUCCCUUUGUCCGCGGGAGAUCCAGCUCCGACACGCUCGUUAUGCUUUGCUGGCUGUUCCUCGCAGGAUUUACCUGCAUUGGUGGUUCGGAACAUGUUGCCACAGCAACACUUCCUGCAUCCUUCAAUGAUCUGUUACCUCACUUCCUGAUUGAGCCUGACGAUGAGUACAUUGUGAAGAAUAAGCCUGUCACCCUGACCUGUCGCUCCACCCCGGCAACACAGAUCUACUUCAAAUGUAAUGGUGAAUGGGUGCACCAGGACGACCACCUCAUCGAACGCACCGUUGACCCCGCCACAGCUUUGCCCAUCAUGCAGGUGAAGAUAGACAUCUCUCGCCAACAAGUUGAAAAGAUCUUUGGCCUGGAUGACUAUUGGUGCCACUGUGUAGCCUGGAGCACUACUGGAACACAGAAGAGCCAAAAGGCAUACGUCAGGAUCGCAUACCUGAGAAAGAAUUUUGAGGAGGAGCCGAUCGGGAAAGAGGUGGCCUUGGACCAGGAAGUGUUGUUACGCUGUCACCCUCCAGAGGGCGUACCACCGGCCGAGGUCGAGUGGCAGAGGAAUGAGGAUGUGAUCGACCCAGUGACUGACCCCAAUUUCUUGGUAACUGCGGACCAUAAUCUGAUCAUCAAACAGGCCCGGCUGGCAGACACCGCCAACUACACCUGUGUGGCAAAGAACAUUGUGGCUCGACGCAAGAGCUCCUCCGCCACGGUGCUGGUUUAUGUGAACGGCGGUUGGUCUACCUGGACAACAUGGUCGGCGUGCAGCGCGGUUUGUGGGCGGGGCUGGCAGCGGAGGAGCAGAAGCUGCACAAAUCCCACACCACUGAACGGGGGCGUGGCCUGCGACGGGCAGAAUGUCCAGAAAAGCGCCUGUACUGCCACCUGCCCAGUAGAUGGAGGUUGGAGUGAGUGGUCUAAAUGGUCUGCGUGCGGAGCUGACUGUUCCAUGUGGCGGAGCAGAGAGUGUACCCAGCCAUCACCUGGCACUGGGGGCAAAGACUGCCAGGGCAUUGACCUCCAGUCUCUCAACUGCACCAGCCAGCAGUGUCCACAGACGGCCAGUGGAGUCGAGGACGUGGCCCUCUACGUGGGUAUCGUUGCCGUGGCCCUCUGCCUGACCUUGCUGUUGAUUGUGGUGGUUCUGGUGUAUCGUCGUAAGAAGGAAGGCUUGGAUGCGGACGUGGCGGACUCCUCCAUCCUCACCACCGGCUUCCAGCCCAUGGGCAUCAAGCCCAGCAAGCCAGGUGUGUGGGCCCCACGGCCCCCCGGCCCACGGCCCCCCGGGCCCAGGCCCCCCGGGCCCCGCAGCAAGAACUCCCAUCUGCUCACCAUCCAGCCAGACCUCACCACCACCACGACCAGCUACCAAGGCACGCUGAGGUCGCGCCACGACGGCACCAACCACACCGGCACGGCUAAGUUCUCCCUGACCAACGGGCCCCUUCUGGACCCUCUGCCCAAUGGGUCUCAUCACACCCUGCAUAACGGGAAGCUGACCACGGACCCUGCCGAGUUCAUGACCCGGCUGUCCAGUCAGACGUACUUUAAAACGCUGCCGCACGACGUCACCAACACCUCGUACGGGACCUUUAACUUCCUGGGGGGGCGUCUGACCAUCCCCAACACAGGCAUCAGCCUGCUGAUUCCUCCUGAGGCCAUCCCCAGGGGAAAGAUCUAUGAGAUCUACCUCACUGCUCAGAGAAAAGAAGAUUUAAGGCUACCCCUGGCAGGCUGUCAGACCCUGUUGAGUCCUAUAGUGAGUUGCGGUCCCCCGGGGGUGGUUCUGACCCGGCCCGUCAUCCUCAGCAUGGACCACUGUUCUGAUGCCUGUCCUGAGAACUGGGCCGUGCGCCUCAAGAAGCAGAACUACGAGGGCGUCUGGGAGGAUGUCUUGAUGAUAGGAGAAGAGUUGUUCUCUGAGCCAUACUACUGUCAGUUGGAAGCAGAGACCUGCAGAGUGUUCUCCGAGCAGCUGGGACGCUUCUCCCUAGUGGGAGAGUCUCUAAACAUGGCUGCCGCUAAACGGCUGCGGCUGGUGCUCUUCUCUGAUGCCUACUGCUCCACUCUGGAGUACAACAUCAGAGUAUACUGCAUGGACGACACUCAAGACGUGUUCAAGGAGGUGAUGCAGAUGGAGAGACAGCUUGGAGGUCGUCUGAUCGAUGAGCCCCAUGUCCUGUUGUUCAAAGACAGCUACCACAACCUGCGCCUGUCCAUCCACGACAUGCCUCAGGCACACUGGAGGAGCAAGCUUCUGGCUGGAUACCAGGAGAUCCCGUUCUAUCACAUCUGGAACGGUUCCCAGCGGUACCUCCACUGCACAUUCACCCUAGAACGCCUCAGCCUCAGCACUUGCGAGCUGACCUGUCAGCUGUGUGUCUGGCAGGUCGAGGGGGAGGGGCAAAGCUUCAGCCUGGACUUCAACAUUGCCAAGGACAGUCGAGUCCUGGACUCAGAAUUCCUGCUGAUGGAGACAAAUCCUAACGGGAUGGCCCUGGCAGGACCCAGCGCUUUCCAGAUCCCGUAUCUCAUCAGGCAGAAGAUCUGCAGUAGCCUGGACACACCCUGUCCCAACGGGGCUGACUGGAGACUGCUGGCCCAGAGGCUGAAACUGGACAGGCAUAUGAGUUUCUUUGCGUCCAAGCCGAGCCCCACCAGUGUGAUUCUGGACCUGUGGGAGGCGCAGCACUUCCACAGCGGCAACCUGAACCAGCUGGCUACUGUCAUGGCCGACAUCGGCAAGCAAGAAGCUAUGAUCUUUCUGGUGUCGGACGGGGAGUGCUAGCCCUCGACACAUUGUCCUACACCCUAAACGGCAAACUAUUCCCUAGAUAGUUCACCAAUUUUGGAGUCUACCUGGGAAAUAGGGCUCCAUAUCAGAUCUGCCCCCUGAGGAAUGAGAGGAAUAAACAGACUGGAACCGACAUUAAGAAGAGGAGAACAGAACACUGUCCUCUCAACUCCUUUCCUAACCUUUACCAAACAAGAGGAGUGGAACCAGGGGUUCCAGGGCCCAUGUGCGUUAGGUUCUUCUGUCACCCUGCAAAACAACACUGAGUCAUUAGGACGACCUCUGAUUAUGUCACGGUGUCCCCAGACGUCCGUAAUAUGUCCCCUGUUUGCUGGGGGGGUCUUAUCUACCCCCCAUCUCUCUGUUCAGAUUUUGGUCAAAGUAAGCCAGAAUUCCAACCUUAUAGUGCUAUUGACAAUGCAGCUGUUGCAGAGAUGGCAUUCAAGGUAAAUGCUGAAUAUGUUGGCUCAAUAGGAAAUUACUUGUAAAUGCUGCCUAGCUGACAAAGGACGAUCUGAUUAAUCUGGUCUGAUCUGAAGCUGCUAUGCUGCAGGUCUGUAAAGGAUAUCUGGAACACAGAGCAGCAUACAAACCACAGCAACAGAGGUACAAAGAUUCCUUUAUGUAUAGGGAAGUUCCAUAGCCAUCAAGGUUUAAAAAAAAAAAGUAUUUCUAUCCAAAGGCCCUGAUUUUACCUGGAUCUAACGUGACCUUUAUCCUGAUCUUUUCUACCGAGCCUUAUGAGAUCUGAUCACAAUGUGUCUUUUAAUUGUCUACACCUGUCUAUAAAUGUGGGCACCAUCAGAAUGUGUACAUGAUCAGGACAAAGGACACAAGUUAGAACUAGUAUUACAAGGGGUUCCAGAGACUUGGGAUCUAAAUAUUAAUAAGCAUUUAGUAUACAUGGGCCAUAAUUGGCCACAAAGUAGCAAUAUGCAAACAAAUCAUAUUAUACUUGCCCAUCACAAAGGAUACUGUCACAGAGGUAGAUCUUUCCUGCUUCUCUUAGUCAGAGAAAAUAUCCCACUGGGCACAGAUGUCAGUUCAAAGUCAAGUUUUGAUAGAAAUGUGGGUUUAAACUAAUCUCAACAAUGAAAAAAGAGUCUACAUUUCCUUACAUUUCCUUACAAUCCGUUUUUCACAAUGGUUUAAGAACAUCACAUUGAAUUCUAUUUGGUAAAACAAUGUAAAAACUAUGUUUUUUGGUGCGGUUUUGGUGAAACUACGUUUAUUCAACAUGUUCUUGUUGAAACGACACAGAUUCAACCUGUUUUUGGUACAACGUUGAUUCAGUUUUUGCCUAGUGGAAUGAUACAUGUACCAAUGUAGUUUCAUAGCCAUUUUGUAGACAUUAUGACCAAUCGCUAGAGUGUAUGACAUCCCCACGCUCUCCCCGACCUCCAAAAUAAAGGAAACACCAACAUAGUGUCUUAAGUGGGCGUUGGCCAACGAGUCACCAGAACAGUUUCUAUGGGACUCGUGACAUGGAUUCAACAAGCGUCUCGAAUUUUAUAAUUUGGUGUUUUAUUGAUGGUGAUAGAAAGUGCUGCCUGAGGCACCACUCCAAAAUCUACCCCAAGUGUUUCCUUAAUUUUGACAGUAUGGUCUGUCUGUCUAGCUGUGGAUAGCUCUGGCGGCCUUUAGAUUACCUGUCAUGAUUCCAGAGCAUACGUUUGAUAAAGAUUAUCCCGGUUGUUUGUAGCCGUCCUGUUUUAAGUCGGAUUGAGACUUCACCACAGGUGUCCAAUGUAUUUAUCUGUUGAGUCGCUCUCUGCAGCGUUCCCACUCUUACAUCAAUAGUAGGUUCUACUUUUUGGUUCGUCGGACUUCUGAGAGGAAUAGUGAGUUAUCUGUCAGAAACAUUCAGAAGACGCCUCUAAAAUUGGCUCUGCUCUGAGAUGGUGACUUAUUGUAGAUGUUCCCCGUUUUAUUUUUCAAAUGCAAUGUUACCAGCUGUAUCAUGGGAUUCUGCAUACAUCAAAUACCUUAGUUUAUUAGACUUAUCUCUCCUGCAUAUACUAAAGUCUACGUCUCAAAAACUCAUUUCUGAAAUGGCAUUCCUUCUGAUUACAUUACAUAUGCUUCCCAAAUGGCACCAUGUUCCCUACAUAGCAGUGGGGCCCUGAUGAAAGCUAGUGCACUGUUAAGGGAAUAGGGUGCCACCUGGGCCGCAAUAAAGGCUAAGUCAGUGGAAGAGAAGAUGUUCAACAUGAAGCAUUGUAGCCAGAAGGGAAGUUCAGAAGAGAUCCCUUUCUUCUCUGUGAAUAAUGCAACAGAAAGAACUGCUGGCUGAAAACCUGACAACUACAAAUUAUCAUCACCAAAUUACUUUCACUGAAACGGGUAGUUACUUAUGCAGCCGCCCAGUGUUUCAAUAAUUCAUAAUGCUGUGCGCUGGUGGCGGCUGGGAAUUAUUCUUCACUGUGACAUAGGUCACAAUUCUCCCGUUAGCUCUGCUCCGCUUCGAGUCAGAGAGGCGCCGAGUCAGAGAGGCUCAGAGUCGGAGGCAAACUGAUCAUACUGCCACUUCACUGUGAGUUUACCACUUGCCCAGAACAGAACAGCCAGAUAGUCAAACCAUGAAACCAAGAAUAAACAGAAUCCCUUCACGCUUAACAGGAAAACAGAGAAGGCGUAAACCCUGUAUAGUUCUCUAGUCACUAUUUAAUAUUCAACCUUUAAAAAAGGUGGCAUUUAAUUACAAUAAGGGAUUUUCUCUUUUAAAGUGGUACUUUCUCAGUUGUCUGGUGGAUUCAACCUGUUACAAAGCCAAAGGUACCCAAUGACAGCCGACUCAUUUUGUAUUCCAACGGGCCCUUGCCAAAUCUAGUGAUCUAUGAAGUGAAUGGGGUGCCAUUUGGGACACUGACACAGUCCUCAGCCUCAGGUGGAAUCUUACAAAGUAGAAAAGACCCCUUCUUUUCAUCCCUUGAUUCUUGACUCC